CUAGUAACUGGCAGUUCAGUACUAGCGUGAUAUUAAGUACGAACGGGUGAAACGUUUUAGCGGUGAAUAUUGUGAAAUUCUGGGCAAAAAUGACGGCGGCACUCGAAGAAAAAGUCAAAGUGGAAAUUGAUUGGAUUAAGUGCACACUUUUUCCAAAGCUUUUAGAAAAUACAAAUUUUCGGACAGACAACUUAAUUGACGGCGCCACAGACAAUGUAAAACUGCUCGAUGUGCAGUUAAAAUUUAUCGGGGUCGAAGAAGCUUUCAUGUUGACCACCUGUUAUCGGGCUAUAAUCAAACUGCAGCAAGGCGAUAAACCUGAAAUAUCAACAACGAUCGUUGUUAAGAAAACUCCAAAUAUACCGCCAGAGGUAUUCGAUAACGUAUUUCGUGCGCUAUUUAGCAACGAGAUCGUAGCUUACAACAAUAUUCUACCCGGGUUAGAAAAAUUUACCGGACAUAGAUUUAAUGUUCCCCGCUUCUACUAUGGAGACCUGCAAAACUGUUCAGCCAUAAUGGUAAUGAAAGACUUUGUCACCGACAAUUUCCGUAUGGCCAAGCAGAAAGUCAAUCUCUCCUUGGAGCAUGCGCUUGUGGCGUUGAAAAAUCUGGGUACUUUUCACGGCACGGGUUUCGCAUUGAAACAUAAAAACCCCGCUGAGUUCAAGCGCCUAACACAGUCGCUGCGGGAACCACGCUACGAUGUUACGGAGAUACUUGGUGAAUGGGCAAUGGUGGUUAAAUUUAGCGCGGAGCGCCUUGGGAUUUCCACUCGGAAGUAUCUGCCACACAUAGAGGAGUCUUUCAUAAACCGCUACUGCAAAAUGAUUAGUGAGUACCUCUUGUUUGGUCGCAAAAUGGUCGCGCCGGUAGAACCACUAGCGACGCUUUGUCACGGCGAUUAUUUACGCAACAAUAUAGCCUUCAAGUAUGCUGAAGUAAAUGGCACCGAACAGCCAAUAGAUUCGCUGAUGUUCGAUAUGCAAACAGUGCGAAUUUCCUCGCCAAUGUUAGAUUUUGCCACCUUCUUAUCCCUGUCUACUUACACGGCAGUUCGUCAGAAUCAUUUCGACGAAAUAUUCGAUGAGUACUACACAAGUCUGGUCAAAGCAUUCAAGGAGAACACUAAAGAGGAGCAGAUACCUGAGUAUUUUAGCCGUGAAUCUCUUCUGCGCGAAUAUUGGCGUUUGCUACCUUACAGCAUUAGCAUCGCAUCGCAUUUUCUCUUUCAAUUGGUGGAGCCGAUGGAAGGAGGAAUGGAGGAAAUGUUUGCGGGACAGUUCACUAUUGAAGAAGUAAGAGAAGACACAAUGUGCCGAGGCGGCGAGGAAACCAACCUUGAAAUAACACAACAAAUAAGAAACAUGUAUGAUAUAUUGACGAAACAUAAUAUCGAUAUAUUUAAGGGUGUCGAUUAUGUUUAAUCUAAAUAUACUGUAUCAGUGUAACGUGAUGUAUGAACUGUAAUAAAAACCGUAAAAAAAUAAUACAAAAACUA